AUGUCUGAAAAACACACUGGCGAAGUCAACCAGAGCGGCGGUAAGACCGCCUUCAAGGACUACUUGGAGAAGUUCGCUCACAUUGAGGACCCAUUGGAGAGAAGAAGAUUGGCCCUCGAGGAAAUCGACAACUCGGGUUUCGGCUGGACCCAGGUGAAGAUGAUUUUGAUUGCCGGUGUCGGUUUCAUGACCGACUCUUACGACAUUUUCGCCAUCAACUUGGGUAUCACCAUGUUGACCAAUGUCUACUGGGGCGGAAAGAUGCCCGACUCCACCAACACCCUUUUGAAGGUGUCCACGUCCGUCGGUACCGUUAUCGGCCAGCUCGGGUUUGGUAUGAUGGCCGAUUUUGUCGGUAGAAAGAAGAUUUACGGUUUGGAGUUGAUUGUCAUGAUUUGUGCCACCAUUAUUCAGUGUGUCAUUGGCUCUUCCCCAGCCAUCAGUUUCCCAGCCAUUUUUGCCUUUUUGAGAAUUGUCAUGGGUAUCGGUAUCGGUGGUGACUACCCCUUGUCGUCUAUCAUCUCUUCCGAGUUUUCCACCACCAAGUGGAGAGGUGCCAUUAUGGCUGCUGUUUUCUCCAACCAGGGUUUGGGUCAGAUUCUCGCCGGUAUCGUUGCUCUUGUUCUUGUGGCUGGCUACAAGUCCAACUUGGAGCCUUACGAGUCCCACGAGUGUGUCGGUGAGUGUAUCAAGGCCUGUGACCAGAUGUGGAGAGUCUUGAUUGGUUUUGGCUGUGUUCCAGGCUGUAUCGCUUUGUACUACAGAUUGACCAUUGCCGAGUCUCCUCGUUACUCUCUUGACGUUGAGGACGUUACCCACUUGGACAAGCAGGCUGACAUUGAGGCUGUUCUUGACGCUGCUGCCCAGGACAUCACCCCACCAAAGGCCUCUUUCAAGGACUUCUGGAAACACUUUGGCCAGUGGAGAUACGGCAAGUACUUGAUUGGUACCGCUGGCUCCUGGUUCAUGUUGGACAUUGCCUACUACGGUUUGGGUCUUAACACUGCUGUCAUUUUGGAGGCUAUUGGUUACGCUUCUGACAAGAACAUCUACAGAGGCUACUGGAACACUGCUGUUGGUAACUUGAUCUUGGUCUGUGCCGGUUCUCUUCCAGGUUACUGGGUGGCUGCUGCUACCGUCGACACUAUCGGCAGAAAGCCCAUCCAGCUCAUGGGUUUCAUUCUUUUGACCGUUUUCUUCUGUAUCCUUGGUUUUGCCAACGACAAGAUUGGCCAGAAUGGUAAGUUGGCCCUCUACGUCUUGUGUCAGUUCUUUGAGAACUUUGGUCCUAACACCACCACUUUCAUUGUCCCGGUGAGUGUUUCCCAACCAGAUACAGAUCUUCUGCCCACGGUAUUUCUGCUGCUGCCGACCUGUCUUGGUACCUUGGUGAACCACGGCUGUGCUCCAGACGACGAGAACUGUUUCCUUCCCCACGUCAUUGAGAUCUUUGCUCUCUUCAUGUUGCUUGGUUGUUUCACCACCCUCUUGAUCCCAGAGACCAAGAGAAUGACCUUGGAGGAGAUUUGUGAGAAGUACCACGGUGAGGUUGACACCACCAAGUUGGGUUCUGACAGAUACGUGACCCAGCAGGCCGAAUCUUCCGACUCUGACUUGAAGCAGUAA